GAAUUUUUCCUGUAGCUAACACGUUUUCUACCUAAGCCUGUUUAAGUGUCAGCAGCAUUAGGGGCCAGCUCUGUGCCAGGUUUGAUCUAAUAGAGAUCUUUAGGCUGGACAUCCUCUGGACCAUCCUGAAACACACCUUACCUCUUCCAUCCAUCUCCUAUCUCCUGCAGUUGAUCUAACAUGGUGGCUCUCAGGAUUCUGGGCAUUGUCUUGCUUGUGCUUUUACAGCGUGAUGCAGACAGUGCAUGCCCUGAAGAGCUCAAUCCUCUCAGCCUGGAACCUCCUCGGAUCGUAGAGGAAUAUGGAAUGGAAGUCAAGGUUAACUGUACCAGCACAUUUGAGGAUCACGACAUGAUUUACUGGAGAGUUGGGAAUAAAAGCUUUCCCCCCGUAGUGGAUGAAAUGUUUGUUGACCAAUCAGUGUUGCUGUCAGACUGGAAUGUGGGAGCCGAGUGCAAAAUAAAGUUGAAUGACUCCCAUGAAUGCAGCAAAGAGCUUGAAAUUACUGUUUACAAGAAUCCAGAAGUCAUUUCUUCGGUAAAGUUUGUCCAAGCAACACCAGAAGAGACACGAUACGAGCUGAAGUGUGACGUCGUCAACGUUGCUCCAGUUCAAAACCUCACUGUGAGGUUUUACAAAAACGAUCAACUCAACGGGACCAGCUCUUUCAACGACACAACCAAAACACCGGUAAAUGAGACUUCUGUCCUGACAUUCAACAUCAGCACAGGAAGAGAAGAAGUUCGGAUUAGAUGUGAGGCUCAGCUGGACUUAGGGCCAGGUGGACCACAACUUCCUGUUAUUUCUAAAACAUACAAUGUUUCGGCACACUAUGCUCCAGAGCUGAAAAAUGAUACUGAGGACAUCUUUUUACUUGAGGAUGAUGAUGUUACUCUGACUUGUGAAGCUGAGGGGAACCCUCUGCCUGUCUUCCAUUGGACCUAUAAUGGGGUUGCUAUGUUGGAGAGUGCAAGCAGUCUCAACAUUACUCGAGUAAAUGACAGCGCAACCUACACCUGCACAGCUACCAAUGAUGUGGGAAACACAAGUAAGCAAUUCCAUGUUCAUGUGAUAAAAAUGAGCAUGGAAGUCGCUCCUGCUGCCAUGCCCACCCCUGAGGCAGCCACACCACCAGCAGAUGAUUGCCCCCUCACAAUGACGCCGUCUGAAAUUGUGGUGAGAUUUGGAGAUCCGGCUUCAGUUAACUGCAGCACAUCAGCCACAGAUGCUGUGGGAAUGGGCUGGGAGGCUCCAGUUGGCGGCACGGGAUUUAAAUCGCCUCCUGUUGUCACUUGGAACGUUGAACAACUGAAAGACUUUACUGUACCUUCAUGCUACAUUUCUCUGAAUGUUCUUGAUGAACAUGGUAACACAAAACAGUGUCAAAAGAGUCCAAACGUCACUCUUUAUAAGACUCCAGACACAGUGUCAGUCUCUGCAGUGCAUCCUGGUCCGAUGGUGGAGGGCACAGACUACCAGUUGAAAUGUGACAUCAGCAGUGUAGCUCCAGCGGGGAGUCUCACAGUGAAGUGGUACCGUGGCAAUGAAACUGUGUUCGCAGACAGGAUUGUCAGCUCCAUCAAAACCCCACAAGAUGUGUCCUCUAAGCUCAACAUCACCACUAAGAGAGAAUACAAUGGAUCCAUAUUUAGAUGUAAGGCUGAGCUGCAACUUGGACCCAACGGACCAGAGUUCCCCCCUUCUGAAACAUCAGCACCUUACACUGCUGUCGUGCACUAUAAGCCGUUCAUCAAAGCUUGUCCAAGCAAUAUCGCUCGUGUGGAACACAAGUUCAGUAUGGACAAGUUGCCCUGUCCAGCUGAAGGAAACCCUCCACCAACUGUUCAGUGGUUCUAUGAGGAUAAACAGAUCAGUUCAUCUAAGCCACUCAGAAGGUCUGACUCUGGAAAGUACACGGCUGUAGUUCAAAAUAGCCUGGGCAGUAGCAACUUCUCUGUUCAAAUCACAGUCGAAUAUGAACCGUUUUUUGACUGUAAUAAGACCUAUGAGGUUGAAGUGAAUGCUAUACUCCAAACCAAGUGUGAACCAAAGGGAUUACCUGUGCCCACCCUUGCCUGGUUUAAAGAUGGAAAAAGCAUGGAUUCCUCACAGCACUGGAAAAAGCAUGAUAGUGGAAAAUACUUACUCAGAGCAACCAACAAACAUGGACAAGCCGAACACACUAUGCAUGUUGAUAUUUUGUAUGCCCCUGAAUUCAAGGAGGGAAAUUCCACAAAGGAAGUGACCUUGGGUGAAAAUGUGACUUUAGACUGCAGUGCUGAGGGCAACCCUUCCCCUGUGAUCUCCUGGAAGUUCAGCUCUGUAGCGAAUGUGAAGGAGGCCACUGAGAGGCGCCAGAUUACCAUCACUGUCACAGAAGCCACGUCUACCACGUCUGUUUUCAGCUGUGUUGCCACGAAUAAAGUUGGGACAGUGACAAGAUCUGUCACACUGCAGAUGAAAGAUAAAUCCAGUGGAAUCCCCAUGCCAGUCGUUGUGGGGCUGCUUAUUAUACUGGUCAUCAUCAUCAUCCUGCUCCUCUUGGUCUUACUCAAACAGCAGAAAAAAAAAGGACAAUAUAAUUUUGUCCCUGACAGCGCCAAGGAUGGUUCAAGUGUCCCCAUGACUACUAUAUCUGAAGGGGUAACAGCUUGAUUAUGUGGUGCACGCUGAACUGUACUUCACACCUGCGGAAACAGAGGAAAAAUAUCUUUUGUACAAAGGAGAGGUACCAGUAGUGAGCACAUGUUUUCCAAGCAAAGCUACUGAUGAAGCAACUGUAAUAAAGCUACACAUACAGUAAAAUAACCAUUAUUAUUAAUAUGCUGGGCUUUAAUUUGGAAAGUUUUUUUGUGAUAUAUAUAUAUUUUUACAUGUGUUUACAGUCAACAAGGAAUGUAUAUGUGUAUAAACAGUGUAGGUUAGGGCUGUGUAAACUAUAGGCCUUAUGUGACACUGCUGCAGCUAAUGAAGUGGAAAAAUUGAAAGGGUGAGUUUGAUUAAAAAAAAAAGAAGAAAGAACUGCACCCCA